AUGUUUGCGAAUUUCUCAAGCUCGACAAUCAAAGGCAGGUCUAUCAGAGAGCUGACCAGGCAGGAAUGCGGUAGACUGAAGUUUCCUAGUGUGAGUCCAGAGCAGGGUCAGGUCAUCACUGUCCCCAGAAGCAGUCUUUUCAGCAACCCCCACACCAGUACUGUGAUGCCCAGUGAGUCUGUGUGCAGAAGACUAGCCGGAAAGAUCAAUCAAGACUGUGACUGUAAAGAUGAAAUGCAGGCUGCUGGAUUCUUGUUUGGUGUAUUUGAUCUUGAUGGAAUUAGAGAGUUCCUAGCAAUACACGAAGCCAAAUCCAUCGCCUCACAGGAGCCUGUUAGCAACAUAAUUCCAUUGCGAAGAUGUCUACCUAAUUCUGCACUAGGGGUCACUCUUGAGAAAAACUGGUUUUCUACAAAUUUAACCAUUCCUGACUUCUUGGAUGUGACACCACUCGACAACCAAAGUUUCCAGCUAUUCAAAAACAUGUUAUGGAACCAACCAGCAUCUGCCAUAACAACGACAUGUGGUAACUUAAGCAGUCAUCAAAUUUCCAUGUUGACUUGCAAUCGUUGGCUAACAGAGGACAUUCUGCAAAGCUUGUCUGAUGUCUUAAAUCAACGUUCAAGAGACUGUCUGUGCAUAGUUCUCUCUGAAUAUAACAAAACACGAUUGCAUGAAGCUGUUUUAGCAGCUGCAGAAGGCAAGGAAAACGUACGUCUUGCAUUCUUGAUCUUAAACGUUUCAGCAAAUCAAUUACUUCAGACCACCAUGGCUUCCAACAAGUUGCUAACAGGAAAUCACUGGGUGGUAGCUGUAAUAGAUGUCUGUACUGAAACUACCUACUACUGUGAUCCCUUAGGUUUUCCUAUUCCCAUCAAUCUGUCAGUUGAAACACAGCCGGAUUCUUUAGAACUGAAACGGGUUCUUAGCAAGCAAAGGAAAAUGUUCUAUCACACGAUUGCAAUGCAUAAGCCGAUGUUUGGCCCCAAUGGUGAACACAUCUGUUCUCGAAAUUGUUUGAACUUUCCUGUUCAAAAGUGUUCAUCGGCAUGUGGAAUAAUAGCAUUUACAUUUGUUGCAAUUUCUGCAUUUACCCCAACAAAUGUCUGGGAAUGUAUAUGCUCACCCCACAUGGCUCUGAAUGAUGUAAAGUCAAAAUUGACUCUAUUUUGGCAAGCAAGUAAAUAUUCACCUUACCUACGCAAGGUGCUAGCGUGUUGGAUAUCCACUCAGACUAUUGACGUGACAAACGUCAUUGAUAAGUCUGCACUUGUACCCACGGCAUCGUCUUUUCAAGCAAGCAGACUUAGACUUAGACUUAGCCUGAAGCAGAAAGACUGCAAAACUGAAGAAGACAGUUUUUGUCACAAAAAUGCACCAUGUGACGAAGGUACAGAGAAUAGCAAUGAAAGGAGUCCGUCUACUACUCACUUGGACAUCUCUUCUGUAACAGCUCCACAGCUCACAACUGGACAAGAAUUUUCCUCCUUUGAAGAGCUAAAGCACUGCAUUUCUAGUUACGAAAGAGCAACAUUUGUACAACUCUACAUUAGGAGAUCCAGGUCACUAGAAUCCGCCAAGAAGCGAGCAACUAAAAAGAACUUCAAUUCUGACUUAUGGUUUUCAGAAUUACAGUAUAACUGUAUUCAUGGUGGAAAGCACUUCCAGUCACGGGGUACAGGAAAACGCCCUAUUCACUCAACCUUUCAAAUGGAAUGCCCAUGUUUUGUGAGAAUUGUAGCAUCAACGGAUGGACAAUUGACCAUCAAAAGUAUAAACCUUCAGCAUAAUCAUGACAUUAGCAAGGAACUCUUCAAGCAACUACCACGACAGAGAAAGCUUUCCAAUGAUGCCAAGCAAGAAGCGCAAAAGUUGCUGUCAUUACAAGCAAACAAGAAGAUGGUUCAAGAUAAACUGUCAAACGAAACAGGCCAAGUGGUUCUUUUAAAGGACCUGAGCAAUCUAUCUACGCUAAUGAAAAGUGGCAGUACCCGUAACAACUUAGAAGUUACUGUCAAGGAACUGACAGAGCAAUAUGGUUCAAGUGUGCAUGUAAUGACAAAUGACCAAAAAGAACUAUUGGGAGUCCAUUUUCAAGAUGACCAAAUGAAAAGGGCAUUUGAUGCUUACCCUGAGAUAUUAUUUAUUGAUGCCACCUACAAGCUUCUUGAGCUGCGGUUCCCAUUAUACAUUAUCCUCAUAGAAGAUGGCAAUGGGCAAAGUGAAAUUGCAUCAGCAUUUUUGUUACUUGAAGAGACCGAAAGAUCACUAUCAAAAAUCAUGUCUAUUUUUAAAGAAAAUAAUCCGUCCUGGACAGCUACCAGAGUUUUGAUGGCAGACAAGGACAUGACUGAACGUGACGUACUAGCAUCAAAUUUUCCAAAUGCUGAUCUUUUGAUUUGCCUCUACCACACUCUCAGGUCAUUUCGACGAGAGAUUUCUUGUGAAAAAAUGGGCAUCACAUCAGGUCAGAGAACCUUGUAUUUGGAACUUCUCCAGCAAAUGGCAUAUGCCACAAAUGAAGUAAAAUAUGCAGAAUUGUAUUCUCGUUUCAAAACCAACGCUCCUGCAGCUGUAAUCGACUACUUCAACAAGCAGUGGCAUCCCAUUCGUAAGCAAUGGACAAUGGGUAUGAAAUACAGCACAGGCAACUUCUUGAACGCGACCAACAAUAGACUUGAAUCACUAAAUGCCAAAUUAAAAUCUGUCAUUCCCCGCUUUUCCUCCAUGGAAACAUUCACCGAGAAGUUCUUUGUUAUUCUGAGAGUACUACGGUCAGAACGAGAUCAUAAUGCAAGUCUUUCAGUUUUGAAAGUACCCACUGCAUUUCAUUCAACCACUAAAGUAGCACUGGAGAAAGAUGGAUUAACUAAAUGAAUUGUCUCUGACUGCUUGUAUCACAUUAUCUCUUCUUGUUAAAUCACAGGAUAA